AGCUGCGACAUAAACAGAAGCUAGAAAGAUAUAUAGAGAGAGAGAGAGAGAGAGAGAGAGAGAGAGACAGCCCCAAUUUCUGAAGCUAAACCCUAAUCGCGUUUAGCUUCAAAUCUCCUUCUCGUUUUCUCUCUCUCUUUGUGUCUUGUCCCCCAUUUACAAUCCCCAAAGUAGCUUCGAAUUUUUCUCAGCUUUCUCCGUCAGAUCAACCCAGACGCCUUCCUCUCUUUUCCUAUUCGAGCUAUACAGGUGAGGAUGGUGUUCUGGGUAUUUGGAUAUGGUUCACUUGUGUGGAACCCUGGUUUCGAGUACGACGAGAAAGUGAUAGGUUUCAUCAAGGAUUACAAGCGUGUUUUCGAUCUUGCUUGCAUUGAUCAUAGAGGAACGCCUGAGCACCCUGCAAGAACUUGCACAUUGGAAUAUGAAGAAGGGGCUAUUUGCUGGGGUGCUGCUUAUUCUGUGCGUGGCGGCCCUGAAAAGGAAAGAAAGGCUAUGGAGUACUUGGAAAAGAGAGAAUGUGAAUAUGAUGCGAAGACUCUUGUGAACUUUUACAAGGAAGGGGACUUCUCUGGUGAGCCUUUAUUGAAAGGAGUCAUUGUUUUCACAUCUACUCCAGACAAAGUAUCGAACAAGUAUUACCUGGGUCCUGCUCCACUGGAGGAUAUGGCAAGACAAAUUGCCACCGCUUCUGGGCCAUGUGGAAACAACAGAGACUAUUUAUUUCUGCUUGAAAAGGCUAUGUUUGAUAUCGGCCAUGAAGAGGAUUAUGUUAUAGAGCUUGCAAAUGAGGUGAGGAAUGUACUUAAACUUGUUGGGAAUGGAAUUCCAAAGGACAAGAAGCUGACAGGACCUACCCACAUCCCACUCAAGUCCCACAUUCCAGCCAUUCAAUUGCAUCCUCUUCCUGAAGCCAUUGCUAUGGACUCGUAGUCUGAUAGCUUACGAUAACUAAGAAGGAAGAAUAAUCAAGUUGUGGAGUUGAAGAGCCUGUGCCCAUGUCCAAUUAAUGUUAUCUUUAGUUUGAUUUUACAGUAGACAGGAUUAGGUUUCAGAUGCGGCAAAAGUUCGGUUUGAAAUUGUCAGGAACGAGGAUCACUAACAACUGUUCUUCUUUAUGUUUCUUUCGUUUUCAAACGAUGUGUAAUGCAACAUUCUCGAUGAGUUUAAUUUGCAGAACGUUUCAAUGAAGUAUCAUCUUUUUCCAAA